AUGUCCUCCUCCAGACGUCGCACUUGGAGUCUUGGCAGCAGGGGAUCAUUGUAUUACCACCGAUGCUCGCUGCCAGAACUAUAUGAAUCUCUUAAGAAUUUUAAUGAUGAGAGCAAGAAAUCGAAUCUCCAAAAAGUCUGUGGCACGACAUUUAAGGAAGCUCAGCAAGUCCUUGAGAAAACCCUGAGUGGCCCGCCAUUUGACAGCUAUGACACUUCGAGAGAAAAUGAACCCCUCCCUGUCAUACAGGCUGGGGUUAAAAAAGAGCAGAAGUCGCCAUCCAUGUCAGAUCUGCUUCACCAAAGUCUGUUAAUGGGUUACAUGGUCCCAUUGGGACAGGUGUACAGCUCCCAGCAGAGGCUGGCCCAGGCUGGUAUCCCCCCUCCUGCGAUUGCCUUUCCUUAUGGUUUAAAGACCGAAAUGCCCGUAGUUGCUCCGACACACCACUUCAGAACAAGGAUUCAAAGCACCACAUUCCGCAAACUUCUCCAGUCUUCCGUUGCCCCAGGCAGGCUGUUCUAUGAAGAAAAAUCAGCAACCCCCGCCUGCUUAGACCCAGGAAAGCAGUUUCUGGACCUGGCGGACCUUCAGUGGAGGUAUUUCAAGGGGCUUGCAAAGUGGGGGAAAAUGCCCAGGAUUUUUUCCUUCAUGGACAUAGCAUUCAACAGUGAGAAGAGAUAUGUGGAGAGCCAAGGCAUGUCCGGGGUUAUCUUUCCCCCUCUAGUUCGUAGAACUCUGGUGGUUUACCCUCACGUCCAGUAUGAUGAAGAAGGACAUUAUUCUGUCCGGUGGAAAGCAUAG